AUGACCGAAUUAUCCUUUCAUAAUGUUAGAGAUAUUUUGGACGUAUUCGCUGAUGACUUAAAUAAUUGUUUAAAUGCAAGUCAAUCUGUUGCCAAGGAGUCAGAAGAUACCCAUCUUCAAAUUCUUAAAUCCAAGUCGAAACAAAUGAAUAUUGUACACCUAAAUACCCAAAGUAUGACUUUGAGCAUCGAUGAAUUUCGACUGUUAUUAGAAACCUACAAAUUCGACAUUGCCGCUCUUAGUGAAACGUGGCUACAGGAUAAUCCCUUGUUGUUAAAUCAUGUUAGUAUACCGGAGUACACUUUCGAAUAUCAUAAUGGAGACAAAAUUAGGGGCGGCGGAGUUGGAUUUUAUAUAAGAGAAUCUAUUUCAUAUAAACGGCGCUACGACAUCGAGGAAAAAUACCCUGACGUGGAACAAAUGUGGCUCAAAUUGCCUGGCCGAAACACGCAUAGUAGACUUUUACUUGCUGUUGUUUAUCGUCCCCAAAAGCUUCUUUCAUUUCCUAAUACACCAAAUCGAAUAACGCAUACUGAUGUUAUUCCAUGUCCAACCAUCAGCGAUCAUGACGCUCCCUACGUGUGUGUUAAUAUACAUACUAUAAGAUACAAACCAUGUUAUAAAAUUAUACGAGAUACCUGCCAGCUGAACCUUGACAAUUUUUAUAAGGACUGUUUAUCAGUUCCUUUUAGUUUAUUAUAUUCAUUCAACAACCUGAAUGAUCAACUUAGUAUUUUUAACGAUCUACUCAGUGAAUGUCUAAAUCGUCAUGCAACCCUCAAGAGAAUAAAGGUUACCCACCCACCCUGUCCAUGGCUUCAAUCCGACGAAUUAAGAAAGCUACAAUCUGAACGUAAUAAACUCAAGGUAUUGGCACACAAGAGUCCCACUGACACAAUAUGGGAAUCUUUACUUGGCAGUAGAAUGUCAGGGUUCCGCAAAGGGCAUUCAACCACCACUGUUCUGAUGGGAAUUAGAGACGAUCUUUUAAAGGCACAAAAGAGUGGUGAGGUAACAUUAAUGCUCUUAGCCGAUUUUUCCAAAUCAUUCGAUAUGCCUAAUUUAAAAACGGCUUUUCUUCACUGGAUGGUCAGCUAUUUAACUGAUUGCUAUCAAUAUUAA